AUGAUGCAGAAAGUCGUCGAAUUGGAGAAAGAGCGAAACGAUUAUUUAUCCGAACUGGCAACACUGAAAUCCACCGUCAUCACAGCUACGGAGAACGCAAAGAAAGCUGAGCGCGAAAUGGUCGACAUGCAGCAAGAACUCAAAGAGAAAACGGACUAUAUCAACCAAAAUUCGCUUUCGUUAGAAAACCAGCAUUCGCAAUUGAUCGCACUCCAGACGCGAAUCGAUCAGCUUGAAAGCUAUCAAAAAACGCAAGAGCAGCUUCUUCAAGCCAAAAGCGAUGAAGUCAUGCUGAAACGUCGCAACGAAACCAAGCUUUUAGAUCUGAACAUGUCGCUUUCUUCGAAGAACUCCGAGCUGGAGAAGCAGAUCGCUGCGAUCAAAUUGGAGUGCUCGAUGUCCUUCGUCUCCACGGCCGUCAAGUGUAUUCUUUCUCUCGCUCGAUUCCAUGCAGCCAUCAAAGUCCUCGCCUUCGUCAUUCUCAACAACCAACAAAUGUGCUACUGCCAACUCCAAGUCAAAUCCGUCGGAUCCUUCGAAACCACCAUGUUUAAAUGGCUUCUUCUCGACACCGUCCGCAUGAACUUCCCCAACGUCCAGCUCCCCAUCGAACUCCACGACAUGAUCUACACCGAAACCCGAUCACUCAGCGCGCAGCUCACCGCCACCACCACGCAGCUCGACCAGCUCCGCGCCGAUUUCGAGACGUACAAGCGGAAAACCCGCGCGGCGACGCUCAAGCUGCAGCAGAUCGCGACGCAGGGAAAGAACCAGCAGGCGGAAGCCGCGCUGCGCGAGCAGGUCAAGACGCUGGAGGGCGAGACGGAGGAGCUGCGGCGCUGCAAUGACGCGCUGCGAUCGCAGGUGGAGUCGAUGGAGAAGGCGAAGAAAGCGGCGGGUAGGCGAUCGGAGGGGCUGAGACGCAGAACAAAACGAAGAAGACGCGCGGGAAUUGCGGAGGGAGAAGGAGCAGAUCGAAGGGGAAAUUUUGGAAUUGAGGGAACAGAUGAAAACCGCGGAUAG